UUCAUCUAGUCUUAGUGAUGUCUGGACGUGGCAAAGGCGGGAAGGGCUUGGGUAAAGGAGGCGCCAAGCGCCACCGCAAAGUCCUGCGGGAUAACAUUCAAGGGAUCACAAAACCUGCAAUCCGUCGCCUGGCUCGUCGCGGUGGAGUAAAGCGCAUCUCAGGUCUUAUUUAUGAGGAGACCCGCGGGGUUCUGAAAGUGUUUCUGGAGAACGUAAUUCGGGACGCGGUCACCUAUACCGAGCACGCCAAGCGCAAGACUGUCACGGCCAUGGACGUGGUCUACGCGCUCAAGCGCCAGGGACGCACUCUCUACGGAUUUGGCGGUUAAGUCGGCACCCACAAACUAAUUUUCUGUAGCAAUGCCCAAGGCCCUUUUCAGGGCCACCUAACUACUCGCUUGAAAGAGCUUGUUACCCUGAACUGGUGUUUUCAGGUUUUUUUGUAAGGAACUUGAGUUCCGAAGUUUGUUAGAUUUUUGGGGUGCAGUUGCUUUAAUGCAGCUCAUGUUUGCUUAGGUUUGAGUGCAUCAAACGUUUACACCGUGUUGCAGUUUUAAUGCCACACGAUGGCUUUUCCAGUGUAGAACCCUUAAGCGUCCCCCAUUGUUUGAAUAGCACUUCUGAUUCUUAGGAAUUCUCGGUCUUGCAAAAUUAACCAGUGAACUUUAAGAUUUUACUAAUUUAUUAGAUUUUCCGA